AAAGAACCUUGGUGAAAUGGAAGCACCACACAUCAAUCAUGUUUUCUGCCAUUGUGUUUUCUUGUGACAGAUAUGAGUGACUUAUCGCUUCUGGAGUAUCUUGACAAACCAGACGAGCAGCUAUCGGCUGUGUGGGCACUGGCGCCUCCUCUGUCUUCCAAACCAAACCCUUCUUUUUUGCUCAACCCGCCAUUACUCCCACAAGAUGGCGGCGGCGGGGGGAAGGAAGCCAAGGGUUCCCGAUUUGCCAAGUUCAUAGCCGACCGGAAAGAAUGGCUGAAAAAGGAACCCCAAGUUGACAACUCAGGAGGAACAUCCCAAAAUAAAUACAUUUCAAGCAAGUUAUGACAGCCCAAGACUUGAGGUCUAAAGUGGGAGGACUGAUUGAGAACUAGACACAGAAAACAAAACUGAAAACUCCAUAUAAAAGGGGGAGCAAAGAAUGUACAAUGGUAGAAGAAGAGAGCAGGGCUCCUUUUAUAUGCUUCUUGUAAUGUCAUUUGGGAAUAAUGAUAAAUCAGUCUGCCCACUGUCUUAGUAUGUACAUUGGUUGGGUGUUGUAGCAGGCAUAUCCUCUUGUAGUUCUUGCUUCCUUCCAAUUCCUUGCUCAUUGAGGGUCUCACAUAGUCACAUACUUGGAAUCAAAUUGUAUAUUGUUU